AUAGCUUUCGCCGUGUUGCGAGGAAAGAAAAAAACAACUUGGACACGAGUGGCUGUCGUGCAAAAGGGGCCCAGCCCUCUACACUCAACUAACCGUAGCCGGAGGCCGCCUCGCCCGCCGUCGCGUCGCAGCAGGCAGCCAGAAUGCCCACCUCGCUCCUCCCCACCACCUCCGGCGGCGGGCACCUCUGCCCCUCACCGCCUCCGUCUCGCCGCCGACGAUUCUGCCAGGUCGCCGCCGCGGCGGGUGGAAUCGGCCGCCGCGCCGUCUCCCUCGCCGGCGUCGCCUCCUGGCUCACCGCCACUGCUGCCGGCCGGGCAGACGCGAGCCCGUUUGACAAAUACGUCAAGAAGAAGAAGCUGGAGCCAUUGGAGACCUACGUUCCGGCAGUACUGUUGACUCAGGACCAAUUCAGGGAUCUAGAGAAGUCAUUAGAAUUUGAGAAGCCAAGAUAUGAUGAGAGCAGAUCAUUACUUCGUUCUGGUCCAGCAUCUUCUCUGCGUAUCAAUAUUCGAGCAGUGGCGCAGUAUGCUUCUAGCAGUGGUCAAGGCAAAGCUGCCUCUGAUGCAGUGGACGAAUGCUUACGAGCAUUGGAAGAUCUUGACUCACUGCUACUACAAGCAUCACGGAACAACCCAUCAGCGUCUGUCGAUGUCAUGAGGAGCAAAAUCAGUGUAGCCCUUGGAGCUUUAGACAACCUCCUUCAGACUGUGCCAUCAGCAGUGCUGGACAAAGGGAAGGCCAUUGCCGAUGCAUACCGGACUCCUACGGAUGAUUAUGAAAUGGGCGAUGCAACAGAGUUGGAUCCAAGAUUGAAACAACUACAGGAUAUUCUUUGAUGCUGAAUUUGUUAACACAUACUGAAAGUUUUGUCAAUGUGACUGUACUAUAUGUGAAUUGUGAAGUGAAGUAUAGUUUGUACUUCUUGCCAUUGCCGAUGCAUACCGGACUCCUGCGGAUGAUUAUGAAAUGGGUGAUGCAACAGAGUUGGAUCCAAGAUCGAAACAACUACAGGAUAUUCUUUGAUGCUGAAUUUGUUAACACAUACAGAAAGUUUUGUCAAUGUGACUGUACAAUAUGUGAAGUUAAACAUAGUUUGUACUUCUUGCAAA